CUUGUUUUUUAAAAGCAGCACCCCACAUUCCACUUCAUCCCUGUCCUUAUUCCACCCUCCUCUCCCCACCAAAAACAAAUAAAUAAAAACAAAAAAAAAAUGCAUUUUUCAGCUCCAUUUGCUCACUCCAAACAGUGAAUAAAGCAAUCCCACCACUCCCCAGAUCAGAUCUCAGCUUCUCUCCACUCCACCACCACCCAAUGAUUUCUAUCCACUGAAUCAUCCAUCGUGAAUUUUGUACACCACCGACUGAUCGUUUCCCAUGGCGACACUGCAGAAAUUCAAGCUCUUAGCGACUCAAUGUGCCGUCGCCGGAAGCCCAACGCGAAGCCCAUCGGCCAGCCCAGUCAUCCACCUCCGCCGCCGCAAGACGCUAAGAAUGUUCCUCACCCGCCAGGAUCGCCGCCGAUUGCCUCGCCAAACCAAUUCCUCGGAAUCUCCACCCAUUGACGGUGACAAUCGCAACGGUGAUUCGCCGCAGAAGAGCAAGGAGGUCGCUCGGGUUCGGCGCAAGCUGAAGGACCUCUUCGUGUCGUCGCCGCCGUUCGAAGAUAGGAUUUCGGAUAGGAGGAGUGGAGGAAUUGGGGACGAAGGAGAAGGACGAGGGUUGUUAUCGGCAACCGGAAGUGGUGAUGGUGCCGGUGAGAUUCCGACUCAGCGAGGCGCAGGCUUGUCGCUUCGGCCAAUAACGGCGUCGUUUCGAAAUAGGUUACUGAAACGAGCUUGGCGGCCUGUUCUGGUUACCAUCCCCGAGUAGCUCAAUUUUCUGUGAAUGUACGGAUAAUUCCUUUUUUUUUUUUUUUUUUUUUUGGAAAAUAUGAAUUUUUGGUACUCUGGA